AUGGAUUUUUCUAGAAGCCUUUACCAAAGAGAUGUGGUUGAUAAUGACAGCAUUGCAUAUUUUUGUGGGAUUUAUCAUUUGGUUGAUCGAAAGGCAACAGGAGAACCAAUUAGAAGCCCAUUGGCUCGAACUGUGCUGGCACCGUGGUUAUUCGUGAUCCUCAUUGCAACUAGUACUUUCACAGCAAGUUUGACUUCCAUGAUGACUGUAUCACAAAUAGAACCAUCUGUGUUAGAUAUCCAGACUCUACAGAAAAGAAAUUCUCCAGUUGGUUGCAAUGGAAAUUCGUUCAUUGUGAAGUAUUUGAUUGAGGUACAAAAUUUCAAGCCUGAGAACAUUAGGAAAAUUAACUCUAUAGAUGAUUACCCUGAUGCCUUUCAGAACAAGGAUAUCGAAGCCGCUUUCUUUAUUGUACCUCACGCUAAGGUGUUUUUGGCGAAGUACUCAUGCAGGGGAUUAAUCAAAGCAGGGAACACUUUCAGGCUUGGUGGCUUAGGUUUUGUGGGUCUCUCUCCCCUUAUUCUCACCAUUUUAUUACAGGUAUUUCCCAAGGGUUCCACUCUGGCUACUGACAUAUCCGAAGCAUUGCUUAAAGUGAUAGAGAGUGGAGAAACCAAACAACUAGAAGAAGAUAUGCUAAGGGUAGGAGGCAAUACCAGUUGUUCUCCUUUAGAGAGCAAGGCAAAAGAUAGCUCAUCGACAGGAGUUCAGCCUUUCCGUGGCCUGUUUUACAUCUGUUCUAUUGUUGCUAUUCUGGCAUUGUUAUAUAAUAUGAUUUGUUUGUCGAUGAAUAAUGUAGAAACCUUCACCAGCUACAUACAUGUAAGAUUGACGCAAUUAAGGAGAAUAUGGAGACGCACAAGCACAGCUUUUGCUGGGAGCCAUUCAAGUCUCCAAUUAGGAAGUGUGAGAACUGCCACAGUUACAAGAAAUGCAGAGGACACAAUCAUUGAUAGUCAGCAAAGCCCAGUGGUUAUAGAUGUGAUAUUGAGUGCUAAUGCUUCGUGA